AUGGACUAUUGCUUACCGUGCUUGGGCAGGCCAGCUCCUCCUCAACGUAUACGACAGCAGCAACAACAAGAACAGAAUGGGGUCAACAAACUCGUCGCCAUCCUCACUGCUCUCAACGCUGGAAAGUUACCUUCGCAAGACCAGCUUUCGGCCUCUGGGAAUGGGCCCAUGAGUAUACAGGGGAGGAAGGUCUUGAGCGAGUUGAGGAAUGUUAUACAAGCGACCUUGCAGUUUGGCAUGGAGAAGAAUGAUGAUGACAAGAUUCAAGACUUGCUGUACGAAACUACUCAGAUCGAAGGACCCCCCAUAGGCUUAGAUGUGGAUAGUUCAGCGGCUAGUACAAGACUCGACUCGCUCAGCGCGGGCGCUUCUGAACUCAAGGAUCAAUUACCAACUGCUGGAGACUUCGCGUUUGAUGCCGCGACUCUAAUAAACGCAUUCCACACAAUCGUCCAGUCAUUCUUCACCUCGGCUGCAUUUCGUCUGAUCAUCGCAGACUUUUUCUCUAUCUUACGCGACCUGCUCGCGCAUGCCGCUGGGGAUGUUGCAGAUACUGCAAUUGAAGUGCACGGUAUGGCUGGAGACGUUGAAGACAGGUUGAAAGCCCAGUCGAUGCCUACCAAGGUUGGGCUGGAUGACUUAUCUGCCACUGUGAACAGCCUCGUGGAUGAAGCAAAGGAUCGAAGCGAAGAGAGCGUCAACAAGAUGCGUGGCAUCAAAGACGAGUGGAAGGACCUUGGUGCAGAAACUGCUGAUAAGAUUAAAAAUGACAUCGUUUUGCGUUUGCAACAGACCCUCGACAAAGUACAACGAGACCCUGCCUUGCGAUACGCUGUCAAAGCAAUUUCAAUUAUUUUGUGCAAAUACGCUUACAAGUUCGUCGUCGUUGCGGACAUCAUCUCGGAAAGCACAUCCCCACCAAACUAUCCCCCUCACCCAUAUCCUACUGAUAGCAAUGCCAACCUCAAUGUCAUCUCUCCAGCACUCAAACAGGCGCUGGUCGACUUCCGGACACUUUUAGAACGUAUAGCUCAGGGCCGUUCUCUGACUGGUCUCCUAUCAGCCUUUGAAAAUGUCGUGCGCGAGAUUACCAGCGUCCCAGGGGAAGUCGCAGAAGAAGUGGAAAAAAGGAUUGUUGACAAAGAUGCGGGGAAGAAAGGCAAGAAAGGGAAAAAGGCGAAACAAAAGGCAAAGCAAAAACAGGCAGAUAAAGAAGCUGGCGUAGACUCAACGGGUGAUACCGUCCUCUGGCACUACUUUUCGAACAUUGGACGGUUCUUGGAGAAAGCGCUCGCUGAGCCUGGAUGGGCCAUGUCGCAUUCGGGUCAAGUCGCUGUGAAGACGCUGGUGGAAGAUACUGUGAGACUGGUCAGCGUGGUUGGGGAAGUAGUUGAGGAGGAAAUCGUUGGUGGUAUUGAUGAGAAAGAGGAGGCCGGAAACGAAUCCCGAGGGCAACCGAAAGCUCCAUCCGAGCUCCAGCUCAACAAAUUUGGCGCGGACGUGCGGCUAUUCCUCAACGAACUGGAGGCGUACGUUCUUGCUGUGGAAGGCGACAAAACAACGAUGAAGCUCGUCAACGUCCUCGACUCUUUUGGCGACAGCGUUUCGGAUUUCACCUCGACGGGUGUGAAGCAGCAAAGGAAGCGAGAUUGGGGACAGGCGUGGACGCAGUGGCUAGGAUGGGCAAUACCUCGGGUGAUAAAGAUGCUCCCUGCCAGUGGGACCAUCCCCAUACCUUCGAUCGAGGUGAAGAGUGGCGGUGUGGAGGCCGGGUUGUACGCCCUUUUCGUGCAGGGCUUGAAGAACGGUGGUGGAGUGGGGACGAGUUUGGUACCUGAUGAAGUGGUUGUGAGGGAAUGGUCGGAGAUGAAGAUCGAUAUGGCAGAUCCCCCUUCAACCUCGACAAGUGACCUAAAUGAAGGCUACAGCACGAAUUCAACGCAACCCGCAGUCGGGACCAGGAAACGACCGUCCAUCGAGACCAGUUCGCGGGUCCGUGUCCACAUUGAUGGUGUACGUGCCAAAGCCGAAGGAAUGGGAUACUACUUCAAAUAUCCUAUUCUGGGUGACUGUACAUAUGAAGAUGAGGGUGUGUUGAGUGUUGACGUUGGUAUGGGGGCUACGGGAGCCGGCUUUGGGAUCGAUGUGGAGGUCGAGAUUGAAAGUGGGAGUGUACCUCUGGAACACGAAGAGAAUGUGGUUAUUCCUGCCAUCGUCGUCCACGACGAGGAAGAGCAGCAAGUCAAUGAUGGUGAUGAUGACGAUGACGGGCCGCCGAAUAUCGACAUUCAAAAAGCUGUUGCCCAAGCCGUUCGCAGGUCUGCAGCAGUUGCUUCUCCCGCUGCUGCUGCUGCUGGUGAGAUCAACGUCUCCCGCCAUGACGUGUCGAAGCCCGCAUCUGUCAUCGCGAAACCCCUUUUCCGUGUUGUGGACGUGGAAGUCGCACUUCGUGGGCUGAAUUUCAAGAUCGACCAGAGCCGUCAUUGGAUAUUGAAUAAAUUGGUGCUGCAGCCUCUUGUGGGACCUACUGUAUCGCGUCUGGUGAAGAAGGCUCUAGAGGAUAAAGUGAGGAAUGGGCUUGAGGAGCUGUCUCAGGCCCUGGGAGAUGCUAUUGUGGACGUUCAACAGAAUGCGGUCGCUCGUGAAGGGGCAGAGGGCACGCUAGAAUGGGCUGCAGUGAUUGGUGAUUGGGUCCGCGCACUGGUCAAGGCCUUGAUCAAGCACACGCAUCGUGAUGAUGCGGAAUGUGUCGACGGUUCGAAGACGACGACACAUAUGGAUGCGACACUGAAGGGCGUGGUUUACACCUCCACAAUGGCCCAGCAGCAGCCGACUGCGACGCCUCCCAUGGUUUACGACAGGUCUAGCGAGGAGGUUAACGCGCCAGCACCUCGAGGUGGUAAAGGACGGCAAGAACUGGAGGAAGACUUUGAGGCGGACGCUUACGAGACCGUUGUCGCUGUUGGUGGCGGACCACAGUUGUUCCCCGGAAAAGGAGGGCCUUAUGGUGUGCGAAACGAUGACGCUGCUAGUGGGGGGAAUGAUGAAGAGAGGCAGGGUCUGAUUGAAGGGUUGAAAAGGUUAGCUGAUGAUGCUGUUGAUGGGGCAAGACGGGGACGGGAAAUUGUUGGAGAGGCUGGGGCCAAUUGGGACGAGAGAAAGAAAGUAGAGGCGCAAGGAAACGGGUGGAGAAGCGAGGCAUUCAACAUUUUUGAUGUUCACCCGAGUUCUCGAUGA